CAGCCGAACCUUUGGACGUCCUCCCGGCCGCCCCCAUUUCCCCUCCUCCUCUCCCCCUCCGACGGCAGAACCCUAAUACGAUGGGUCGGCGCAUGUAUGGAUCCUGACGAUGAGAAGAUCGACGGCUGUCAUCAGGCCGCGCCUCGCCGCUGCAGCCUAUAGCCCUACCCGAUGUUCGUCCUCCUCCUCUAAUUCGGCCUCCAUCUCUCCUCGAGAAACCCCGACGGUUGAUUCUUCGGAUCCUUUGUCGGAGCUCUCGUCCGUCCUCACCCGUUCCAAUUGGUUAGAUGACCCCCGCCUUUCCCGCCUUGCGCCGUCCCUUACCCCUCACCAUGUCGCCGCCCUCCUCCGGUCCCGCCCCCUCGAACCCCGCGUCGCCCUGGGCUUCUUCGACUGGAUCAGCCUUCGCCCCGGCUUUCGCCACACCGUCGAUACCUACUCCUCCCUCCUCCAAACCCUCGCCCGAGCCAAUCUGCCCCCCCGCCGUGCCGAGAAGAUCGUCAUUUCCAUGAUCAAAUCCUGCUCCUCCGCCGUGGAAAUCCACUCGGCCCUCCAAUCAUUCAAAUCCCUGAAUCAAAUAGGUUUCUUCCCGAGUCUCCGAUGCCACAAUUUUAUGAUGAUGAAGUUCGCUAGGUUCCAGAUGAUUGCCGAGAUGAAGGACCUGUACGAGCAAAUGCAAAAAGAUGGGAUCUUUCCCAAUCUUCAUACCUAUAACACAAUUAUUAAUGCCCACUGCAAAGAGGGAAACAUUAUCGAGGCUAAGCUCUACUUGAACUACUUACUGCAAGCCGGGCUGGACCCAGAUUCCCAUACGUACACCUCGUUCAUCUUGGGGUAUUGCCAGAGUGAUGAUUUUGUUCGGGCCUGCCGGGUGUUCCUGUUAAUGCCACUGAGAGGCUGCGCAAGGAAUGAGUUCUCAUAUACUGUUCUUGUUCAUGGGCUCUGUGAAGCAGGGAAGGUGAAAGAAGGUUUAUCGCUGUUUUCAUUGAUGGAUAAUGAUGAGUGCUCUGCGGAUUUGCACAUUUACACAGUGAUGAUUGGUGGACUCUGCAAGUUGGGAAGGGAUGUUGAUGCGAAAAUGAUGCUGAAUGAGAUUUCACAGAAGGGUCUGGUUCCGAAUGUUGUUACUUAUAACGUUCUGAUUGACGGGUACUGCAAAAUCGGGAAGAUUAACGAUGCGUUUGGUGUAUUGGAUUUGAUGGAGUCCAAUGGGUGUAAACCAAAUGUUAGGACUUACACAGAAUUAAUUUGUGGGCUUUGCCGCAAUAAGAAGGUGCACAAGGCCAUGGCUUUAUUAACUAAAAUGCUUGAGGAUGGGUUGCUGCCAAACCAAGUAACCUACACUUCGUUGAUUCAAGGACAAUGUAUGGAGGGUGAUACAAAUAGUGCCUUUAGGUUGCUCAGUUUGAUGGAGGAGAAAGGCAUGGUUCCCAACGAGUGGACAUACUCAGUUUUGAUUGGUGGCCUUUGCAAAGGUGGAAAAACUGAAGAAGCUAUAUCAUUCUUUAGAUCCCUAUCCCAAAAUGGCAUGAAGGUCAAUGAGGUAGUCUACACGACAUUAAUUGAUGGAUUAUGUAAGGCUGAAAAGAUUGACAUUGCUCAUUCAUUGCUGGAGGAGAUGAUCUCGGAGGAAUACAUACCAGACUCUUACACCUAUGGUGCUAUAAUAAAUGGUUUGUGCAAGGAUAAGAAGUUGCAGGAGGCUAGGUCCUUGUUCGAUUCUAUGUUAGAGAAAGGAAUCCAACCAACAGUUGUCACAUAUACCAUUCUCAUUGAUGAAUUGAUCACAGUUAGUGGGUCUGCAGAAGGAGCAAUGGCUUUGGAGCAAAUGAUUUCUUCAGGUUGCAAGCCUGAUGUAUUUACUUAUACCGUCCUUGUGAAGUCAUAUUGUAAGGAAGGAAGGUUAGAAGAAGCUGAAAGUUUGAUGGUUCAAAUGCAGAGAAAUGGGAUUGCCCCUAACACAGUCACUUAUACCACAUAUAUUGAUGGAUUGGUCAACAUGGGUUUGUUUGAUCAAGCUUUUUCUACUUUCAUGACUAUGGCUGAAGCUGCAUGCGAGCCCAUUGAUGAAACUUAUAGCAUAUUGCUCAAACUUCACUUAAAAAAGAAACAGGUUGAUGGUUACUUUAUAGAUGCUAAUCGCAUGUGGGAGAAAGUGAGUUUGGAUGUUGUCCUAGAACUCUUUGAAGAGUUGGCUAAACAGGGUUUUACCCCUACAGUGAAAUCUUACAGUUGCUUUGUGAAAAGUUUUUGCAAAUUGGAUCGGUUGGAAGAAGCCAAAUCUUUGCUCUUUCACAUGCAAGAAGCCUGCAAAGUCCCCAGUGAGGAUAUCUAUACAUCCCUGAUUAGUUGUUGCUGUAGACUAAAUAAGUAUUUAGAAGCUUUGGCAUUUAUUGAUUCCAUGAUUUCAUGUGGACUUAUGCCGUGUCUGGCAUCUUACCAAGUUCUGCUUUCUGGUCUUUGUGAUGAAGGAAGCCUUGAUGAAGCUAAAUCAGUCUUCACUAGCUUGCUUUCUAGAGGCUAUAAUUGUGAUGAAAUUGCAUGGAAAAUUCUCAUUGAUGCAUUGCUUCAGAAAGGCCAUGUCGAUAUGUGCUCAAACUUUUUGACUAUAAUGGAGGAAAACCAUUGUGCUCCUAGUCCUGAGACAUACGAUAAUUUGACUAAGGAACUUUCUUGUAUAGUUAAUGACGAUUGAUGUAUUAUUGAGGCCCCUAAUGAUCAAUUCUGACUGGUGGAUGGCUUUAAAGCAAAUCUUACUAUCUUCAACAAUUGGAUUAGCUCAGAUGCACGAUGCACAUUGCCAUUCACUCCAUAAUAGAAGUUGUGCCGUGAAUUCUGAAAUGUGCAUAUCUGCUCUCUGAACCCAUAAGCUCCAAGUUUGGGCUAUAAAGUUGACUUCCUACUCCUUUUUCUUCGGUUAUCCAUAAUACUGAAGAUAUGGAUCAUCAUCAUGCUGGGAUUAAAGAGAAAUCAGCCACAUCUGGGCUCAAGGAAAAAAGUGGAAGGAAAAAUCGGCUUACAUGAAGCAAGCAAACACGGAUUAGGAAGUAUGUCAGUAGUUGAGGUAGUAUUUUGGAAAUUGUCACCAUGUAGCUCGAAUGCAAUUGUCACCCCAAUCAGGCCCAGACACUGACUCUCCAGACCAUAUGGGACUGUUGAUAAUUUACUUGGCUAGAGAAAGAUCACCCAGUUUAAUCUGUGUAAUGUACAUGGACUUGAUGCUUGAUGCACACGUUGCGUUCUUCAAAAAGCAGGUGCCUGUAGUAGCAUAUGUUGUGAGAUAUAUGUAGCAGAAGAAUAUUGCAAGCAAGCUGUGACAUAAUAUUUGAGUGAGAAAGACAACCUGAGAUUUAAAAUUUGUGUGGCCAUGCAGGGUCUGCAUCAAGAAUAGCACUUCUUGCUCUUUGAUUCAUGUGCAAGUUGCUAGGUCGAGCUCCAGCUCCUGAGAUGUCUAUAGAGGAUGAUUACAAGGUGUUGGUAGAUGAUGGAAGUCUUGAUUAGUUGGAGUUUAGGAUGCCACAGAAGCCUACGGAGAUGAAGAUCAUGAAGUCACAGUAGGGAAAGGUUCUUUUGAUUGUAGCCGAGUCUCCAAUAGAUAUUGAUGAAAUGGACCAUCAAGUCAACAUUAUUGCUUUGGUUACAUUACAAAGUGCUUCUCAUCCCUGAGGACCAUGGUCUAUAUUGCUGCUGUACCAGGCAAUGUGAAAUCAUCAACUCAAUUGAGUUUUUCAUUCUUUUCUGUAAGAAAUAUUCAUUCUAAUUGAACAUCCUAAAUAAGAUAUAUGAGUCAUCAGGCUCCUGUUCCAUGCCACAUUGUUCCACUUCUAUUGUUUUGAUGAUUUUGUGAAGCCUUCAAGUUCUGCCUUUUAAGUUACAAAAAUGUAUUGCUUCUGUGUGCCUUGCACUCUUAUUUUAGUUUGCACCUUGGCAGAUAAUUACAACUGAAAGCUGGAGUGUGUUUCUGUUUAUCCUAUGAUGCUCCUGUGAGCUAACGAGGCAUUGGAACAAGGACUGAAGAAUUAAGUGUCCAUCACUAGAACUUGGCAUGAGGUGCUUACUGGACUAAUACUGAGAGAUAUGACACAUCAAACCUUUGCUAAACUUUGGACAUAAUGAUUUGAUCAUAAAGUCCAUCUUGAGAACAGAAUUCAAUCCAAGAUCCUCUGCGAUGGGAAUAAACAUUUUGGUCCUUUUUUAAGAGGAAUGCAGCAUGUUUCAAAGGUACAAGGAACACUGGUCAAACCGAUUGCUUCAGAACGCACUGCUUCAUUUAUUGUUUUAUAAGCCUUGUUGCUUAUCAAGAAUGUGCCAUCCAGACCGAUAGAAGUUGGAAGGUGAAUGUGGCUGUGCCUACAACAAUAAUUCCUGUGUCAUCUUCUCUUGGGUGUCAGACUAACCUGGUCCGGGAGCAGGACCCGAAAGUUAUAGUUGACACUUCUUUUCCUCAUUUAACAUCAGAACUAGACACUUCUUUUAAAAGAAAUGAUGUCUAUAUGUGAAGCAUGUUUCGGAACCUAUCUUAUAUGUAAAGCUUGACAUCCCCACCUUCCUGAAGAUGAUCUGGCCGCAUCAAGAAGGGCUUUGGGUCGACAUACUGGUUGCUUUGAGCAUAUGCUCGACCACAUCAGCUCAUCACCAUCAUCACUGGUUGACCCACCAGCUUUGGGGGCUUUGAUCAAGUCAAGAAAUAGUCAAAAGUUUGUAAUGGUGGAUCAGAUUUAUAAGAGCUUAAAUCUUCCUUGUGUAUCACAUUAUUUUGUGUGAAUAAUCACUUAUAAUAAAGAAAAAUGUUCCACGGAAGCAAUCCCAGAAA